GAAGCCGAUGGGGCGGACCUUCUCUCUCCCAGCGUGCCCCGCGAGCGUUUCGGUGCCAAUCCGAGGGGGAAGGAGAAGCGGCGCCAUUUUGUUGGUGUUGUCUGCGAGGGGAAGCGGAGCAGACGCGAGAGGCGCUUGUCCGCUUUACCGGAGAAAUCCCGGCCUUUGCGACACCGCAUCGACAGCUUUUAACAGCGCGGCGUAUUUUCCUGGCCUCUUCCGGGGAUAUCUCGGUGGAAAAAAUUAUCACUCAACUGGUUUGGGAAAGCUGACUUCACGAUAGCCAGUCACAAUGGGCUAUGAUAAAUAUGAUAAACGUGAAACUAGUCGAAGUGAGCGAAGUGGACGUUAUGGUUCUGAAUGGAACAGAGAUGAGCAUAGGGAGUCAAGAGGUAGACGAGACUAUGACUAUAAAGAUGUUGAUUAUCGUGCUCCACCAAAUCACAACAGGGACUACGAACGUGAUAGACGCCGCAGUGAUUAUCGGAACAAUGAUCGCCAUCAAGACUACAGGAAUUAUGAAAGUUCUGAGAAUUAUGAAGAUGAUGGCAGAUAUGAAAGACCUGAGGGAAACCAGUACUGUGAUGGUGACUAUAAAGACCAUGAUUAUAGAAAUGAUGGAUCUGAAGAGAGGGAGAACAAAACAAUUAUGUUAAGAGGUCUUCUACCAUCAACAACCAGGGAAGAUAUUCUUGAAAUAUUUCAGGAUAGUGAUGAAUUUCAGCCCAAGGAUGUGCGAGUAAUGAAAUGUAAAGUUUCAGGUCAAAGCCGUGGUUUCGCCUUCGUGGAGUUUAAUCACUUGCAGGACGCAACAAGAUGGAUGGAAGCCAACCAGCAGCGUUAUCUCACAAUCCUUGGGAAGUCCGUCUCGAUGCAUUACAGCACAAAGCCUUUUGAGGACUGGGGCUGCAACAAGUGUGGAGUAACCAACUUCAAGCGACGUGAAAGAUGCUUUAAAUGUGAUGCUCAGAAGCCUGAAACUGAAGAAGAACAAGUUCGUGUGCAAGGAGAGCCAUAUAUGUCUGACUAUGCAAAUGACACCAUUAUUUUAAGAAACAUAGGCCCACACACACCAAUGGAAUCUAUCCUGAGUGCAUUGGCUCCAUAUGCUGUGCUUUCCACUGCAAAUGUAAGGUUGAUCAAGGACAAACAGACCCAAUUAAACAGGGGGUUCGCCUUUGUUCAGCUGGAUUCGUCUUUUGAAGCUUCUCAUCUUAUUCAGAUACUGCUUGCACUACAGCCUCCAUUAAAUAUUGAUGGUCGGACUAUUAAUGUUGAUUUUGCCAAAUCUUUAAAAAAGGACCAUAUCCUUUCUGAUGGUAAUAAGAUCAGUUCGUCAGCUGUUGCAAUCACAGCUAUAGCUGCCGCCCAGUGGUCGUCGAGCCAGGUGCAGCAAGGAUCAGAAGAUGGAAACAUUGACUAUAACUACUUCCAGCCAGGACAAGAUGGCUACAAUCAAUAUGAACAAAUGUCAUAUUCACAAGAUUAUGGUCAAAGUGGCUCUUUGGAUUCCACGCAACAAGGUGUGACAACAUACCAGGCACCUGCAGUAAUCACAGCCCCUCCUACAGUGGCUAAACCUGCAACAGUUUCCCAAGAUGGUCAAACCUACCAGUUACAGAAUCAAUCUGAGGCACUGCAAGCAGGCCAGUCCCAGCAUACAGAUACUGCCCCACCCAAUGGUUCUUCAGAUUCAAAGGAUUCAAGCUAUCCUGUACCAGAUGUGUCCACUUACCAAUAUGAUGAGUCAUCUGGAUAUUACUAUGAUGCACAGACUGGAUUCUACUAUGAUCCAAAUUCACAGUACUAUUACAAUGCACAGACUCAACAGUAUAUGUAUUGGGAUGGAGAGAAACAAACUUACUUGCCUGCUCCAGAUCAAACUGCACAGCAAAAUAUUAAGUCAACGGGAACAAAAAGUAAAGAAGGGAAGGAGAAAAAGGAGAAACCAAAGAGCAGGACAGCACAACAAAUUGCCAAGGAUAUGGAGCGAUGGGCUAAAAGCCUAAAUAAACAGAAAGAUAACGUCAAAAGUACCUUGCAGAUGAUUGCAGCUAAAGAAGAGGAGAGGAGGGAGUCUGCUGCUGCUGAUGCAGGAUUUGCUUUAUUUGAGAAAAGGGGGAUGAUGGAACGCCAGCCGAUGGUACUGGAACCUUUCAGUGGUCUAUCGGAACACCUACGAGAUGAUGAUGAAAGUCCAUUGAAGAGAAAGUCAAGUCCACUCCAGGGACUUGUGGCAUCCUAUAGUGGAGAGAGUGAUGAAGAAGAGCAAGAAACAACUCAAGACCUGGAAGAAAAAAUGACAGAUUGGACCAAAAUGGCCUGUCUGCUGUGCAGAAGACAAUUUCCUAAUAAAGAGGCACUUACUCGCCAUCAGCAACUCUCUGACCUGCACAGGCAAAACUUAGAGAUCCGUAGAAGAUCAAGAAUGUCUGACCGUGAACUUGAAGCAUUAGAAAAAACAGAAAUAGAGAUGAAGUACAGAGACAGGGCAGCAGAAAGAAGAGAAAAAUAUGGAAUCCCAGAGCCUCCAGAACCCAAGAGAAAGAGAUUUAAUAAUGCUGCCACAAUUGAUUUUGAACAACCAACAAAAAAUGGUAUUAACAGUGACAAUAUUGGGAGUCGAAUGCUGCAGGCUAUGGGCUGGAAGGAAGGCUCAGGGUUGGGUAGAAAUCGUCAAGGCAUUACAGCGCCUAUACAGGCUCAAACAAGGAUGAAAGGUGCGGGUUUGGGAGCGCGAGGAAGUUCAUAUGGCGUCACUACUUCUGAUUCCUACAAAGAUGCUGUUAAAAAAGCAAUGUUUACAAGGUUUAAUGAAUUGGAGUAACUUAAGAAUGGUUGUAAAUAUGUAAAUAACUUUUCCUAAUUUUUGCUACCGGGUAUAUACUUGAGUAAACGGUGUAAUUUGUCUGUAGGAAAUGUAAUUUUUUGACGCUUUGGUUAAAUCUUAUUUAUGUUAAAUGUACAAUGUACAUUUUGUAUUGUCUAUGAAGUGUACAAUAAUGUAUCUACUGUUUCCUUUUUCAGAAUAAAUUUUG